AUGGCAGCGGGUCUCCCGAGAGGCCCAUUUGGGCGCCUCGUCCUCGUUGCAGCGGCACUCGUCUUCCUCUUCAGUUUCGCACACUACAUGAACGUUGUUCCGGAAAGCGUCCGCUUGACUUCAUCCACACCCGAGGGACCGAACAAAACACCAGUCAAGCAGCAGGAUGACAUCCCGGACUCCGGGCCCGAGGAAGCUCCAGACUACUCGGCCGCUCCCCAAUGUAUCCCCGAGCUGGACCACCUGAAAAAGCCUGAGCUUGGCCUGACCACCAACAUCAAGUUCACCAGGCGGUGUAUCAAACCCGUGUUCUCUACAUCAGCUCCGCAGUCAUCACCGGCAGAUCCGAAUGCAGGAGCCGUCGACCGCGAUGUCGUCGCCAAUAUUUCGCAGCCGAUCCUCUAUGGCCCGCCGGUUGACGUCAACCUGCUAUCCUGUGGCGGCAUAGCUGAUGAUUAUAUCCCUUGCGAGCCGCUCAAACUCGCCGUCCCAGACCCGUAUCCCGAACGAGUCGGCCAGUAUGACCACCUUCUAUUCGCCGUAGCGACCUCAUCCGAACGCCUGAAGGCGGCCAAGCCCCAUUUCGCACACUGGAUGGCGAAGUCAGGGUCCCCACUCAUAGCUCUGUUGACAGACAGACCUGGGGCGGACCAGACACAGAAAGACCUCGAGGUGGAACAGGCCACAACAUGGCCUUCCCUCAUCGAUGACUUUGCCAGCUCGGGCAUCGAGCUCCUUCUCGUGCGUCCACAUGGAGAUCACUCCGUCGCGCAAAGCCAUAUGAUGGUCAUUCUGGACAUGCUGGCACACGUACGUGCCCGGCGCACGGCAACGGCAUCUGAAUACACAGAUGAGGGUUUUGGCCUCUCCCACAAUGACACACAUUGGCUAGGCAUCCUCGACGACGACACAUUCCUCCCCGCUAUCGAGCCGCUCUCUGCUGCCCUGGCCGCGCACGACCACACAAAGCCGGCAUACCUAGGUGACCUUUCCGAGUCCUUCGCUGCCACUCGCUUCGGCAUGGCCGCGUUUGGCGGUGCCGGGAUAUUUCUUUCUGUACCGCUCGCGGAGGAGCUAGAACCGCACCUGGGCAACUGCCUGAGCGGCAGGGGAGGUGACAUGCAGCUGAUGGAGUGCAUUCACGACCACACGCACGCGAGGCUUGAGAGAGUAAAGGGCCUCAUGCAACAGGACAUGAAAGGGAACCUAGAUGGAUUCUUUGAGAGCGGAUGGAGGUUUAUUACGCUUCACCAUUGGAAGAGUUGGUACUCGGCUCCGAUCCUAGACAUGGGCUAUGUUGCCCUGGUCUGCGGGGGCUGCUUUCUGCAGAGGUGGAAGUUCCCCGACUUUGGCAACAAGUCGCAGAACGGUACCGAUGUGGGGGGCUUGGAUUCCGAAGAUGGAACGACUGGCUUGAAGGCCGAGGUAAUUUUCACUAACGGAUAUUCCAUUGUAAGAUACCCUAACGGGGCGCCCGAGCUGAGUCUCAUGGAGGGCACGUGGGACGGGGCAGAAACAAAGGAUUUUCGCUGGUCACUCGGCCCGAUAAGACCACAGCUAGGGAAAGAAGACAAGAAAACAUGGAGGCUGGCUGAGACUGUGAAGGAUGAGAAGAAGGGAAGUUUGACACAGAUAUAUGUGUUCAAAGAUGAAGGAAAAGAAAGCGCGGUAGAUGAAGUAAUCGAGCUAAUAUGGGACCCUAGGUAG